AUGUCCGCCGCGCUGCUGUCCGCCUUCUACGACCUGGACUUCUUGCGGCGCCGGACGGAGAAGUCGCUGGCCAGCCUGAGCCUGGGCACGGGCGCGCCGGACGCCAAGGCGGUGGGUGCGCCCUUGGCCCGACGACUCGAGCCCGAGGUGCGGGGCCGGGACCGCGCGCGCAGCGACGGCGACGGCAGCGGCAGCCUAGCCGAGCUCCGGCCCCAGCUGCAGCUCCAUCUCCAGCCGCUGCAGCCCCAGCCCCAGCCCCUGCCCCUGCCCCGGGGCCCCUCGGCGCGCUACAAGACGGAGCUGUGCCGGCCCUUCGCCGAGAGCGGCGCCUGCAAGUACGGCGACAAGUGCCAGUUCGCGCACGGCGGCCACGAGCUGCGCAGCCUGGCGCGCCACCCCAAGUACAAGACCGAGCUGUGCCGCACCUUCCACUCGAGCGGCUUCUGCCCCUACGGGCCGCGCUGCCACUUCGUGCACAACGCCGACGAGCGCCGGCCCGCGCCCCCCGCCCGGCCGCGCCUGCAGCACAGCCUGAGCUUCGCGGGCUUCCCUUCCCGCUCGCCUCCGUGCGCCCCGUCCUGCCGCUCGCCCGAGCCGCCCGGCGCCGUCUUCGCCCCCGGGCCCGAGCGCCGAGACCUCCGGGCCCUGGCCGCGCCCCCCAGCCCCCCGGACUCGCGGUCGGACCGCCACAGCCGCCCCCGGAGCGGCUCCCUGAGUCCCGGCAGCAGCAGCCUCAGCGGUUCCGACUCGCCCGGCCCGGACCCGGCGCGCCGCCUGCCCAUCUUCAGCCGCCUCUCGGUGUCCGACGACUGA